AUGGCAGCUCUGUCUGAGAACAUGCUGGCAGUCAACAUGUUACUGAGCGUCUUCUUUCUUCCAGGCGUUAUGGGUGAUUGUGGUAGUAAUACUCCACUCCUCUUCCUCACCAUACCAAAUAAGAUUGAAGCACUGAGUGGAUCAUGUUUGCUAGUUCCAUGUAGCUUUAGAGCUGAGAAAGGAAUCACUGAAUUUAACAGUGGAAAAGAAACCCGUGGAGCAUGGAUUCAAAGUAAAAAUAAUAUUUAUGACAUCGAUCAAGGGGUUAACACAGAUCUAGCAAAAAUAACUGGAAACCUGAGACAAAGAAACUGCACCACUGUGUUUUCUGACAUAAACAAGAGUCAAGAAGACAAAUACUUCCUCAGAAUUGAGAACGGUGGCUACAAGGCAACAGCUUGUUCUACUCCUCUUCAUAUAACAGUUCAAGAUUCUCCUUGGAGUCCCAGCAUUAACAUCCCUGCUGAUCUGAAGGAGCAUCAGUCUGUCACUAUCAGCUGCUCAGCUUUGACUCCCUGUCCACACUCACCUCCUGAACUCACCUGGAAUCUCCAAAAAGACUCUCACAGACAAACAGAGAAAAACACAGAGGGAACCUUUACAACUAAAAUCCAGGAGAACAUCACUCUGUCAGACACACAUGAUGGAUACAACAUCAGCUGUUCUGCCACAUAUCCUGUGAAUGGAGGAAACAAGACAGCAGAGACAGAAGUGACUCUCAGUGUUUCAUAUGCUCCUAAAGACACAUCAGCAUCCAUCAGUCCAUCAGGUUUGGUUUCAGCAGGUAGCUGGGUGGAGCUGAACUGCUCCAGUAGAGCCAAGCCUUCUGCCAGCUUCUCCUGGUUCAGGAACAGCAAACAUGGGGCCAUUAAUGUAUCCUUGGGGCAGGUUUACAGCUUCAAUGUCACUGAUGGAGGAGAGUAUUACUGUGUGGCUACAAAUGAUCUGGGCCAAGGAACAUCAUCUGUGAUCCUUGUUAGUACUAAGGAUGGACUCUUAUUGCCCUUAUUGCCGAUCACAGUGGGGAUAUCAGUGGCCUUAUCCCUUAUUGUUGUCCUGGUUGUGUCUGUGUGGUGCUGCAAAUACAGACGUUCAACUCCUCAACAGACUCAGAGUCAAAGAGGGGUGGAUGUUGCUGUUCAGGUGUCAGAUGCCAACCCAACAGAGGGAGAACUCCACUAUGGAGACUUGAACUUCACCCAAAAGAUUUCUGAAGCUUCUUCUGGGCCCGUGAAAGGCAACGAACAGCAGGAGACGGUGUACUCACAGGUCAAAGUGUCAGGGGCAGAAAACUCCUUAAAACAGUCAGCUGAAAGUCCAGAGAAUCUCUACGCCCAAGUGAUGAAAAGGUGAUGCUGUUUUGUAAGAUAAGAAACAUGACCUUGAUUCUGUUUUUGCAUCAAGGGCGUAGGUUUGAUUUCAACUUUGGUAGGGACACUACU